CCUGCGCCUUCCUCCGGCUCGGCCGUCCCGGGGUCCUGCUCCCUGCCCACCCGCUGCCCACCCGGCCCCGGCCCCAUGCCACGCUCCCGCGGGGACAAAGGGACCCCCAAGGACACGGAGCCCCCGCAGAGGGGGAAAGGGGGGCACGAGGAGGGGGAGAAACCCCCCAAAGCCCCCGAGGACGUCGGUGCCCCGGCCCCCAAGAAUUCCGGCUCCGAGCACCGGCACGGUGGGCACGGGCAGAAGAGUGGGAAGAAGGGUCCCACCGACCCCCACGCUGCUGCCACCAAGACCUACUCCCCCUUCCUCAACACCGUCUUUGGCAAGGAGCGGGAGCUGUCACCGGAGGAGCUGGAUGAGCUGCUGGACGCCUUCAAGGAGUUUGACACGGACCAGGAUGGCUACAUCAGCUACAAGGACCUGGGCGCCUGCAUGCGCACGCUGGGGUACAUGCCCACCGAGAUGGAGCUCAUCGAGAUCUCCCAGCACAUCAAGAUGAGGAUGGGCGGCCGCGUGGACUUCGAGGACUUUGUGCAGAUGAUGGGCCCGAAACUGCGGGAGGAGACGGCACACAUGGUGGGCGUGAGGGAGCUCAAGAUCGCCUUCCGCGAGUUCGACAUGAACGGGGACGGGGAGAUCAGCACGGCCGAGAUGCGCGAGGCCAUCGCGGCGCUGCUCGGGGAGCAGCUGAAGGCGCAGGAGGUGGACGAGAUCCUGCAGGACGUGGAUCUCAACGGGGACGGUCACGUGGACUUCGACGGUGAGGGCACCCCCUUCCCCAGGGGGCCGUGGCAGGGGCUGAGCCCCGGGUCCCCUGACGUCCCCUCCUCGCCCCGCAGAGUUCGUGAUGAUGCUGUCAUCCCGGUAACGGAGACACCGGGCAGGAGGGGACCCCCGGCUGACCCCCCCAGCCCCUCCUUGGCCCCUCCGUGUCUGGCCAAUGGACCCGAGAGCUCUGCCAACAUCGGGGUUCAGAGGGAACAGCUGGAGCGGAGAAUCUGGGAACGGGGCAGACGCGACACCCCCGACCCCAAAAGCCACCGGCUGUGGUGGCAGAGCCAGCGGAGGCCAGGGGCCCAAUAA